AUGGAGAGAGUCAAGUCGACUAGGCUUGCUCACUUGGUGGAUAAGUUAGCGGUGGAUAGUGAGCCGGGGUUAACCAACGCCCAGUUGAUGUUGAACAACCAUGAUUUAAGGCCUGUCGAACCCGAGCGUCGCCAGUGGGGUCCUUGGAACUUUGUCGGGUUCUGGAUUGCCGAUUCUUUCAAUAUUAAUACCUGGAUGAUUUCCUCUUCUAUGAUCACCUCUAAUGGCCUCUCUUGGUGGAUGUCUUGGAUCUGUGUCUGGAUAGGUUACAGCAUCGCCGCUUGCUUUAUCGUCUUGACCGGAAGAAUUGGAGCAACAUACCACAUUUCAUUCCCUGUGGUCACACGUGCCAGCUUCGGCACCUGGGGUGCUCUAUGGCCAGUUUUCAACAGAGCGGCGAUGGCGUGUAUCUGGUACGGCGUCCAGGCCUGGAUUGGUGGAGAAUGCGUCCGUCUCAUGAUCAGUGCCAUCUGGCCUUCGUUCGACAGGAUCCCCAAUGGCAUUCCUAGCUCGGGGACCACGACUCGCGAUUUUGUCUCUUUCUUCAUCUUCUGGCUCUGCUCCUUGCCCGCGAUCUGGUUCCCGGUUCAUAAGAUCCGUCACUUGUUCACUGUCAAGGCGUACGUCGUCCCCACGGCUGGAAUCGCUUUCUUCAUCUGGGCCAUUGUCAGAGCAAAAGGGAUUGGACCAAUCGUGAAGCAACCGGCUACUUCACACGGGUCCGAGUUGGGAUGGGGCAUAGUCAGUGGUAUCAUGUCAUCAAUUGCCAAUUUCGCGACUCUUAUUGUGAACGACCCGGAUUUUGCCCGUUUUGCGCGCAAGCCGAAGGAUGCCUUCUGGUCUCAACUCAUCUCUAUCCCCGUUGGAUUUGGAAUCACAUCCUUCAUUGGUAUAAUAGUUUCCUCGUCAUCCAUGGUGAUUUUCGGCCAAGCCAUUUGGAACCCACUCGAUCUCCUGCAGUCAUUCCUCGAUGAAGGGACGCAUCAAAACCGGGCCGGCGUGUUCUUCGUUGCAUUCGCCUUCUCUCUUGCUCAGCUCGGCACGAACAUCGCCGCGAAUAGCGUCUCAGCCGGGACCGAUAUGACUGCGCUCGUCCCGCGCUACCUGAACAUCCGCCGCGGCGGCUACAUCUGCGCCCUAGUCGGUCUCUGCAUGUGCCCAUGGCACCUGCUCUCCACCGCCAACAACUUCACCACCUACCUCUCGGCCUACAGCGUGUUCCUCAGCUCCAUCGCCGGCGUCAUCGUCUGCGAUUACUAUCUUGUGCGCAAGGGCUACCUCCAGAUCAAAGACCUGUACUCGGCCCGCAAAGGCUCGCCGUACUUCUACCACGGCGGGUUCUCGUGGCGCGCCUACGCCGCCUACAUCUCGGGGAUCCUCAUCAAUAUCGUCGGGUUCGUGGGCGUCAUCCGGCCGGGGAUCCCGAUGGGCGCGAACUAUAUCUACAGGCUGAACUUCUUCUGCGGGUUUCUGGUGGCGGCGGGCGUGUACUGGCUCCUGUGUUAUCUCUUCCCGGUCCCGGCGAUGAGCGACGUCUGGAUGGAGGUCGGCGAUGAGGUCCCCGGGUCUAUGGCGUAUGGGACUGAUAUGCUAGGGAGUGAUUAUGACGAGGAGCGGGCUGCGGGAGCGAUUGAUUUCAAGGGGGCGCGGAUCACGGAGUCGGGAGGGAAGAGAGAUCUUGAGUUAUGA